UUUUUGUAAACAUUAGUCGCCUCGCUAAUUUUCCUUGUAUGACUGUAAACACGCUGUGAUUUCAUUAAGUUAUCAGCUGUAAUUACCAUUCAAGAACCAAACUCGAUAUGAGCAAUCAGCUUCUUAAUUUUCUUAUUUCAUUUACAAUUUUAAUUCACAACUGUCUAGCAAUUGUUUUACCUGAAACACUUCACCGAGAUUUAAAAUGGGGACAGGUAAACAUACUUCACACGACAGAUAUGCAUGGUUGGCUUGCUGGACAUGCACAUGACAAACGUUACUCUGCAGAUUUAGGAGAAUUUGUUUCUUUUAUCAUUCAUAUGAAGCGGUUGGCUAGAGAGAAAGAUGUCGACUUACUCGUUGUAGACACCGGUGAUCUUCACGAUGGAACAGGUUUAUCAGAUCUUACUGAUCCUCCAGGCUCUUGGACUAAUGAUUUACUAAGAAAUGUACCUUAUGAUUUGCUGGUGGCAGGAAAUCAUGAAUUGUACUUGUCGAUUGUCAUGAACGAUACGUAUCAUAACUUUAUACCCUUCUGGAACGGACGAUAUUUGGCCAGUAACGUCGAAAUUUAUGACGAAGAAACUGAUAGUUAUUAUCCUUUUGGAGAUAAAUAUGUCGUCUUUGAUACUCCUCACAACGUUCGGAUUCUUAGUCUUGGGUUCGUUGGUUCAUUUUCAGGUGGAUGCAACGAAGCUCGAGUUCUUUCAAUGGAAACUAUUUUUCAACAACCUUGGUGGAGUGAAAUAAGGGAACUACAAGAAAUAGAUUUAAUUUUGGUUGCUGGUCAUAUUCCCGUGCAUGAUUCAUCUGAACUAGAUCAGCUUCUUUUAGAACUUCGUAAGGAAUUUCCCGAUACCAUAAUCCAAGUACUCGGAGGACAUUCUCAUAUCCGUGACUAUGCUAUAUACGACGAAAAGGCAUCUGGGCUCCAAUCAGGCCGUUACUGUGAGACCGUUGGAUGGGCUUCUAUUCAAGGCAUCCCUUCCUUUACAUCUUCAAAGGAUAGGUCCAAUUUUUUUUACAACGUUAUUUCUAUGCUCUCUCCUUUAAUUCAUUACCCAAGAAAAUUAUUAGAAACAGCCGUUUACUUCACCAAUCCUUCUAUAUUUUCCCGUUCUUACAUCGACUGGAAUCGGAAAGGAUUUAUUUACCAUUCUAAUGUUUAUGAUUCUAAAUAUGAUACCAUUGAAGGAUUAAAACUAUCAAAUCAAAUUGCUAAUGCCAGAAAACGACUUAAUUUGCUUGACCCUCUGGGCUGUUCACCAAGAAACUAUGGGUUCUCAGAGGUUCCUCGAAAUGCUUCCAACUCAAUAUACAAUCUUUUUGAAGAAGAAAUAUUUCCCAAAAUUAUUAUUAGCAAAUCAAGGAAACAUAUUCCUCGCUACAUCAUUAUGAACACAGGAGGAAUUCGUGGUGGUCUACAGCAAGGCCCUUUUGGCUUGGAUGAGUUGUUUCAAGUUUCUCCUUUUAAAGGAAACAUAUUUUAUGUUUUGAAGGAUGUUCCUUGGUUCAUCGUUAAAGACCUUCCUUACUGGUUAGAACAUAGUGGUUAUCUCAGUACAUUUGAUAAACCUUCUGUUUCCUUGGAUACGUCUAAUAGCAUUGAAAGCAAUUUAGUUUAUACAAAAUCAAAAAGCAAAGCAGAAGGGGCAUCUUAUGGCUACCACACACACGAUGAUAUGGGAGAUGAUGGUGAUGAUACAAUUCAUAUUCCAAUUCCGCACUACGAUUCCGGAAACUACUUGUGUUCAAAAGUGAAUGUCGAGUUAGAUUCGGAUCGUCAUCCUGAAAAAAUUGAUCUUGUUACAACUGAGUUUGUCAUUCCUAGAUUGAAUUACAUUCUUAACAAGUUAGCUGGAAAACCUUUGUUUAGCAAGGAAGAUUGGGACCUUUACUUUUGGCGCGCAGAUGGUAGACAUUCUAUGACUGACCUUCUGGCUUUGUACGCUGAGAAAUAUUGGGACAGAGAAUGCUUAUACUCAACAUAAGAAAAUCGAUGAUAAAGACAGUUUUUUCCUUUCCACUCCCUUCUUUUUCUCUUAUAGGAAAUAUCACGAUUGUUAUGAAUACUUACGACUCUUUUAAUGAUAUGAUUGAUUUCAAUGACAACUACUUAUACUUAUAAUUAUAUAUAGCUAAUAACAUCGUAAAAAUAUAUAUUCCUGUACUUCGUGAA